GGCACUUACAAUCCACGUACACGGCCGUAUCGUAUGGUUUUGGACUACUUCGCAAUAUUUUCUGUAUUUUUAUCGUUAUUCGGACUAAUUAAGAGAUAAAUUCAAGAUGGUUUUAGCGGAUUUAGGAAGGAAAAUUACUUCGGCGUUGAGAUCCCUCAGCAAUGCCACCAUCAUCAACAAAGAGGUACUGGAUUCUAUGUUAAAGGAAAUAUGUACGGCUUUAUUAGAAGCUGACGUUAAUAUAAAACUUGUUAAACAAUUAAGAGAAAAUGUCAGAUCCGUAAUCGAUUUCGACGAAAUGGCUGCCGGUCUAAACAAACGUCGCAUGAUACAGACGGCCGUCUUUAAAGAAUUAGUAAAGUUAGUGGAUCCAGGAGUAAAAGCCUGGCAGCCGGUCAAGGGAAAACCAAACAUUAUAAUGUUUGUAGGCCUUCAAGGAAGUGGUAAAACAACAACAUGUACAAAGUUAGCGUAUCAUUACAUGAAAAAAGGGUGGAAAACGUCUUUGGUGUGUGCGGAUACGUUUCGUGCUGGUGCAUUCGACCAGUUGAAGCAGAAUGCAACGAAAGCCAGGAUACCCUUUUAUGGAAGUUACACAGAAGUAGAUCCGGUAGUCAUUGCCCAGGAAGGCGUAGAUAAAUUCAAAAAAGAAAAUUUUGAAAUAAUUAUUGUAGAUACAAGCGGAAGACACAAACAAGAAGAUUCUUUAUUUGAAGAAAUGUUACAAGUAUCUAACGCUACGGAUCCAGAUAAUAUUAUAUUCGUGAUGGAUGCGUCAAUUGGUCAAGCCUGUGAAGCUCAGGCUCGUGCUUUUAAAGAUAAAGUUGAUGUAGGUGCCGUCAUUGUGACCAAAUUAGAUGGACAUGCAAAGGGAGGAGGAGCACUGAGCGCGGUGGCUGCCACUCAGAGUCCCAUCAUAUUUAUCGGCACGGGAGAACAUAUAGACGACUUCGAGCCUUUCAAAGUCAAACCGUUUGUAAGUAAAUUACUAGGAAUGGGAGACAUUGAAGGCCUCAUCGAUAAAGUCAACGAAUUAAAAUUAGAUGACAAUGAAGAACUGAUUGAGAAACUCAAACAUGGCGAAUUCACUCUGAGGGACAUGUAUGAACAGUUCCAGAAUAUCAUGAAAAUGGGUCCCUUCAGCCAAAUUAUGGGAAUGAUUCCGGGAUUCAGCAGUGACUUCAUGACGAAGGGAAACGAACAGGAAUCAAUGGCCAGGCUGAAGAAGCUGAUGACCAUCAUGGACAGCAUGAAUGAUCAAGAACUGGAUCACAGAGAAGGUGCCAAGCUGUUUUCCAGACAGACCGGAAGGAUAACCAGGGUAGCCAGGGGUGCUGGAGUCACCAGUCGGGAGGUGCAAGAACUGCUCUCACAGUACACCAAGUUUGCAGCCAUGGUAAAGAAGAUGGGAGGAAUAAAGGGACUCUUCAAAGGUGGAGACAUGGCCAAAAAUGUCAAUCCCGUUCAGAUGGCGAAGCUAAACCAACAGAUGGCAAAAAUGAUGGAUCCCAGAGUCUUGCACCAAUUGGGAGGCAUCAGCGGACUCCAGAGCAUGAUGCGUCAACUGCAGGGUGCUGCCACGGGUAACAUGAGUCACGUCAUGGGAAUGGGCAAGUGAGCGGGCCCUUUCUUCACCGGGGGGUCGAAUGGUGGGGUGGUCCCCCCGU